AUGUCCGGCCAUAUGUAUAGAAAUCCAUCUGUUGGCGGCCGCCGUCUCGCAGAGCCGGCAGAGUCGUACGGGAAACCCCGUCCUACGGAAACACUGCAGGUCAACCACAGAACCCACGCCAUGAAAUGUCAUACGAUAGCCAAUAGUCAAGUCAUCUCGAAUACAGUAUACAUACCCGAAAUCAAAGAGUUUACACCACAUCCUCAAGAUGCCACUCCAACGGCGUUAUUCCCAGCGGAAGUCGGGUACAAUUCACUCGAAACCCCUUGUCGACGCUUUAGAAGCAUGUACGACCAUGAGCAUAUUCUGAUAUAUACUGACGGAGCAUGCUUAAACAACGGUGGGGGGGAUGCUGCUGCCGGGUGUGCAUUUUACUAUCGACCUACUGAGGAAUACGAAACGGAUAAAAAUGAUCCGGGUUUCGUAUCCUUCCGAUUAGAAGAUACUGGUCCGAGUGGACUAGAGAGUCUGCAAACCUCAAACCGAGCUGAAAUCCGUGCUGUUAUUGCCGCCUUGGAUCAUCGAGCUUGGCGUGGUGAAGCAUGUACAAGAAUCACCAUCGCUACAGACUCGCAAUAUGUCGUUCACGGUAUCACGAGAUGGAUCAGAACGUGGGUUCAGGAGGGAUGGGUAACCAGCAAAGGGAGGCUGGUUGCAAACCGUGACUUGUGGGAGGAAUUGCUAGGGGUACUACGAAGGCUUGAGCGGUCUGCUGUCGAGGUUCAGUUCUGGAGGAUUCCUCGACAGCUGAAUAAAAUUGCAGAUGCAGGGGCCAAAGCCGGUGCCAGGAUGUCCCGAGUUACUAAUUACAAAAAACGCCAUUAA